AUGAUGAAUGACGAAAAUAGCCAGUUAUUGGUAGCAUCUACUUGGUCAAGGAGAAAAAAAUUUGCAUCGAUUGGUGUACUCGUUCUGGUCCAUUUACUCAAUUAUAUGGAUAGAUAUACAAUUGCCGGUGUGCUUACCCAAAUACAGAAGUAUUUUGGUAUCGAUGACUCAAAUGCUGGACUAUUACAGACGGUGUUCAUUGUAUUUUACAUGAUGUUUGCUCCAGUUUUCGGUUAUUGUGGUGAUAGAUACAACCGGAAACUUAUUAUGGAAAUCGGGUUAAUUGUUUGGAUGAUAGCAGUCGUAUUAUCAUCACUUUGUUCCCCCGUCCAUAUAUAUCUAUUUAUGUUAUGUCGGGGUCUUGUGGGUAUUGGUGAAGCAUCCUAUGUAACCGUUGCACCAACAAUAAUUGCUGAUAUGUAUGCUGGAAAUCAACGAAGUACUGCUUUGAUGAUUUUCUACCUCGCAAUACCAAUUGGAAGUGGAUUGGGAUACGCUACUGGUACAGCUUUUUUACUAUGGACAAAUACUUGGCAGUGGGGUGUCCGCGUAACAUCUAUCUUUGGUAUCGUAUCCUUUUUAUUGCUAUUUUUCAUUGUUGAAGAACCAGUACGUGGUGAAGCGGGACACGCUACUCCUCGGUCUUCGUCUUUUAUUGCAGACAUUAAAUAUCUGCUCAGUGUACCGACUUACAUUACCACAACUGUUGGAUUGACGUCGGUGGUGUUUGUGGUUGGAUGCUUGGGAUGGUGGACACCGACGUUAAUGCAGUAUGCAUGGGCCGUACAUCAUGGCACCAACUAUAUUAGUAGUGAUGUCAAGGCUGCGACAGGGUUGGUAUUUGGGAUUAUUAUAUGUUUUGCUGGAUUUUUCGGUGUGUUCUUUGGCUCAGCGUUAUCUCAAAUUUGGCGAUUAGGAUUUGGCAAUAUUCUGAAAAAUAAGCAUGCUGAUUUACAUGUCUGCGCUUUGGGUUCGCUGUCAGCGGUACCAUUUCUCUAUCUUGGUCUUAUUUUCUCAUCAAAAAAUGCAACGUCAUGCUGGAUUUUUACAUUUUUUGCUGUAAUGGGUUGUUGUGUUAAUUGGGCAGUCAAUAUGGAUAUUUUAAUGUCUAUUAUAAAUUUACGUCGACGAUCAAUAGCAACAGCUAUUCAAACUUUGAUUUUACAUCUUCUGGGGGAUGCUUUCUCCCCAUAUCUGAUUGGACGAAUAUCGGAUGAAAUACGCGGAAAUGAGCGAUCUACUCUUGCGCAUUUUAUUGCUCUUCAGCGCUCACUCUUUGUGCCAAAUUUUGUGCUUUGUUUCGCUAGUUUGAUGUUUAUAGUUUCCACUUUUUAUAUCGAUCAAGAUAGACGGAACGCCGAUGAAUUAACGCACAGCGAACAGCUCGCUACUGAAGAUGCUUCGGACAUAUCACCGUUAAUAGAUGCUGUUGAGCAGUAA